CUGUUAUUUAAUCACUAUCUAGCUCCAACGCUCCGUCUUAAGGAUGAGCAAUCUUCACCUGCCUGCCUUUAUUUCCGCGUGAUCGGUCUUAGGGCCGGCUUUACUGAACUCGAGGCCAUCUACCAACAAGCAGGUAGUAACCUCGCUGAUACACUUCCCUCCGGUCAGGGCAGGAUACCAUCUACUCAAUAUCCAACUCCACUUUCAUCUAUAUCCGAUAUCUCAAAUGCCUAUCUUGAUACCGUUUCUAGCUCCAAAUUGAGCGUAUCUCACGUUAAACGGCCCCUUGAUUCCCCGAAAUCUACUGAUACUGUUCAUCAUCAUCCAUCCUUUCAAUUAGUUGCACGUCAUCCUGUCGCAGCCUUCCAUUUCAUUCGAUUUAUCGACCCAAUCGGCUCUGACGCGGUCACAGCGUUUGCAGUUGGAUCAACCAGAUGGAUCACAGCUUCUAAUGGGCCCGCUGCUUGGCCUAUAGACCCAUCCUUACAUUACCUACUCAUCAGGACUCCACGGCUCGCCUCAGAUACAUUUUAUUCCACUUCCUCACCUCCCCGUCUGCCCACCAUCGUGCAUCCAGCUUCUUUAGUGCAGCAUUAUUCAGAAUCCACUGGAAAUUGUCAAGCUAAAGGGUGCCGUGUUCGACAAAAUGAAGGGUUGUCAAUCAGUCCAGGAAUGGGGACAGAUAUGGCUGAAGACUUUGAUGAGGACGAUGAAGAGGAUGCGAUUGAGAGAAUUCGUGAUUUGGAAUCCGAUUUCUCUAAACAAUCAGAUUCUAAAGGUCGUUCAGAGCCACGCAUCUCGCCAGGUGGAUUGGAUAAAAAUCGGCAAUACCCAGAAACUACUGCUAGCAGCAGAGGGGAUGACAAUGUUUCUUCUUUUUACUUUACUGCAGCUUUCCGCUGUAAUGCAUUCGGGCGGUUUGAGGUUGAUUUUGUGAUUGGAAAUCGACCUACUGGUAGCCACCCAAGGCCUGCAGCCAUUCUAGCUACUCUAAGAGUUGUGCCGCAGUUUCUUGCUUUUUAUCGGGGCAACAGUUCCCUCACCUAA